AAGCACAUAAGUGAGCCUUUCAAAGCUUAGAAUGGGAGCUACAGACUAACACUGCAACAAAGCUAGCAAUUCCUCCAUCCCUCUGGACUGGCAACAUUCUGCAUUACAUCAUCUCUUCACACAGAGUCCCUAACUCUUUGACAGCCAUGGCGACCUCAGAGAGUGCACAGCUGUCUAAGGAAAUAAAGAAGAUGUACAUGGAACUGCCUCAGGGGGACAAGGUCCAGGCUAUGUACAUAUGGAUUGAUGGAACAGGGGAGGGUCUGCGCUGCAAGACUCGCACGUUGGACUCUGAACCCAAGACUAUUGAAGAUUUGCCUGAAUGGAACUUCGAUGGCUCUAGCACAUAUCAGUCAGAGGGAUCAAACAGUGAUAUGUUCUUGAAUCCGGUCGCCAUGUUUAGAGAUCCGUUUCGGAGAGAUCCCAACAAACUGGUGCUCUGCGAAGUCUUGAAAUACAACAAAACUCUAGCAGAAACAAACUUACGUCACUCGUGUAAACAGAUCAUGGACAUGGUUAAUAAUGAGAUUCCGUGGUUUGGAAUGGAACAAGAGUACACAUUGUUGGGGAUGGAUGGACACCCCUUUGGCUGGCCUUCUAAUGGUUUCCCAGGACCUCAAGGUCCAUAUUACUGUGGGGUUGGUUCAGAUAAAGCCUAUGGCCGAGACGUUGUGGAAGCUCAUUAUCGAGCAUGUCUGUACGCUGGUGUGAAGAUCGCCGGAACAAAUGCCGAAGUUAUGCCAGCACAGUGGGAGUUCCAGGUAGGACCAUGUGAAGGCAUCGAUAUGGGAGACCACCUGUGGAUAGCCCGUUUUAUUUUGCAUCGUGUAUGUGAAGACUUUGGCAUUGUUGUCUCAUUUGACCCCAAACCUAUCACUGGAAACUGGAAUGGAGCUGGGUGCCACACAAAUUUUAGUACCAAGUCUAUGCGUGAGGAAGGAGGCAUCAAGCAUAUAGAAGAGUCCAUUGAACGUCUAGGCAAACGUCAUGAGUAUCACAUCCGAAGCUAUGACCCCAAGGGAGGUUCAGACAAUGCACGUCGCCUCACUGGCUUCCAUGAGACCUCCAAUAUUCAUGAGUUUUCUGCUGGUGUUGCUAACCGUGGAGCAAGUAUUCGGAUCCCACGCACAGUAGGGCAAGAGGGGAAAGGCUACUUUGAAGACCGUCGUCCUUCAGCCAACUGUGAUCCCUAUGCUGUGACAGAGGCAUUGAUCCGGACCUGCCUGCUGAAAGAAACUGGAGAGGAACCUCAUGAAUACAAGAACUAAAGUAGACAGCUUGCCAUCUCUGGCUGUUGUAUUGCCAUUACACUUGAUCUUUUUAGCCAGUUCUGUUUCUGUUCUUCAAAUCUGUCUUGAAGCACUGUCUAUAUCAUGUCUUACCAAGUCCAUAAAAUGCCACUUUUUUAUAGUAGAAUUGUGUAGAACAACUGCCCAUAUCUCUCAUUAACUGUAUGUACUGUAUGUCUAUAUUCUUUGCAAUCCCUGCAACUUUUUGAUUGCAAACGCAGUUAAGAUAGAUAUCGGACGUAGAAACUCCAACUGAUGUUUACACAAAAUAUAUAAUAUAUGGCAACAUGUUAAAAGGGACAAGGCUAUAACAGAGCCCAGUGUCCGAGAACACUCACUUUCUCCACAAUAUUUUAGGGCUAAUAAAAUAUAAACAAAUUAUAUUAAGAUAGGAACAGGACUGGCCAUGGCACUUUCCUGCAAGAGAUAAUUUUUGUGAACUUAAAAACAAGGGAACCUGUUCAAGCAGAUAGCAUACAGCCAUCUAUGGCAGGAAAGGAUGUUAGGUGUUUUUUGUUGGUUAAUUUAAUAUAAAUAUGAAAUCUAAAUGGGCAUGGGCACCAGCAUUACAUCAACUAGAAAAUUCAAACAUAAUGUGAUUUUUUUAUUUUUUUAUUUUGUUUUUAAUGAGUAAAACAGUAUGCCUAUAUGACCGAUGCAUAGGUCAUAAUCUAUUGUUAGUCUCAAAUGGUGAAAUGGGGAGUUGGGUGGAAAAUAGGUUUAUAGGUAUCUGGGAUGAGAUCCUCCACUCGUUUUCAGUAAAUAACCACUAACAAGGAGGGAGAAUGAACUUCAUCCAACUGUUUGUCAGGUACUUCCAGUCAUCCUACUUUUACCUGGGCCUAUUCUUCUGCCCAGCUGUGACCUAUUGUGAGCUUUCAAGUGAACCAAGGCUCAUUUUUAGUGUUUUGUCAGAUGCUGUUUAGUCUCUAAAGCACUUGUUAAAUGAAAAACCCUGUUGUUAUUUGGGUCCAUUUCUGUAGUAAUUUUUUAUAUUUAUAUGUAAAUGUAGUCUUUUAAGCAAUGGUUAAGAACAUCAUUAUGUCAGUGUUUGGGAAUAAUUAAAAAUGUGCAUGUCAGUGCUAAACUACUUAGAAAGAUUGAAUACUGAAUUUAUACUUUAGCAUAAAAUCUGACAAGAUCCCAAUCAUUUUAGAACAGCAAAAAAAAAAAAACAA